AUGGCGCUGCGAGCGCCUCGUUGCGCGCGCCGCGCGCGGAGAACGCACCCCGCGGUGCUCGGUGCCCUCGGUGCUUGUUGCUUCGUUGGCACUUGGGGUGCCUUGAGCUUCACCCCAUGGAGCACCGUGGAAGCGGCCUAUGACCGUAUUUCGCAGAACUUCGCCGCCAGCCGCCGCUUCCCCUGGCCCUUCGUCGCCGAAUGGCUCGCGGCUCCGCCGCGGCGUCCGCCGUCGCGGCAGCUGGUGGUGGCGGGGUGUGGCGAUGGGCGGCACGUGGUGAGUGCUUUGGAGGCGGACAGAUAUGGGCCAAUCUAUGCACUGGACCUCUCUCAGGGUAUGCUGACAGCAGCCCGGAAGCGCUUGGGGCCUGAACUGGCCAGUCAGGUGACCUUCCUCCACGCUGACACGCGCCAGCUGCCUUUGUCCGCUUCCUCGGUGCACGACGUGCUCUCCUGUGCAGUUCUUCACCAUUUGCCCCUGACCGAGACCAUGUGCGCUUUGCGGGAGAUGUCCCGUGUGCUGCUGCCAGGUGGUCGCUUGCUGGCGUCCACCUGGGACCCCCGAGCGCGGCAAGUGGCCAAGCGCGGCCGGCGGGCAGAGGACGAGGAUGCCUUUUGGGUCGCCUGGCGUUGUGCGGAUGGUGAAGAUGUGCAGCGCUGGUAUCACCUACCAAACUUGGAGAAGCGACUGGAAGCUUGGAAAGAUGUGCCAGGCCUAGUGCUGAAGAAGGCGGAACUGGAUGGAGACAAUCAAGUCUUCGAGUGGCUGAGUGGCAUUCACAGCGCCCUUUAUGCAGUGGCAGAGGCUGCUUGGUUCCUCUUGAUGUCGCGGAUCAUUUGUGGCCUGGGGGCCUCCUGCACUCCGUUGCUCUUCGCCUGGACAGCCCGCGCCUUGCGAGGGCACGAGGCGGUGGCGCAGGCGCAGGUUCAGCUGAACACCUGGCGAAGCUUGGGGACCUUCAUUGGCCCCUUCUCCAGCACGGUGCUGUGCGUGCUGCCCAAGGAGGGGCUCUUCAAUGAGCUCAACUCAGCAGGCUGGGCCAUCGCCUUAGCCAACAUCGUGGGGCUCCUGCUGUGCUUCCGAUGUUUGGAGGACACACCACGACUGCCAGAGGUGGCGUCGGCCGAUCUGGAACAGGCUCAGGCGAAGAGUUCCGCCCUGUGGAGCUCUCCAGUGCUGUGGCUUUGUCUUCUCUUCCAGGUCGUGACCGCCUUGCUCUUGGCCAUCUUGGAAGUGGUCCCUCCCAUCGUGCUCACCACUGAGCUCGGCACGGUCUCCGCCGUGCCGCAGUUUGGACUACCUCCAGUGGCCACGUCGGUGCUGUUUGGCGUGGUCUCUUUGAUGGUCAUCGGCCUCUUCGCCUUGACUGGAGCCAUGGGCGGCCGAUUCAGCCGACGGAGCCUUAUGUGUGGGGGUGUGGCUGCCAUCGCGCUUGGAGGAGAGGCCUCAAGCUGGGGCCUCCGCUUGUUCACUGAGGCCUUUGUCUUGCCCUGGAUGGUGGGGCUACUCAAGACUACAGUCUUAGCCAUUGCUCCAGCACCGCUGAUCCGCACGCCCGCACGUGCGCUGUACACGAGCCACCUGCCACAACGACUUCAGGGGACGAUGCAAGGCGUGAGCGAGGCAGCCUUCUCCUUCGCCAACUUCCUGGGGCCCAUUCUGGGCUCUCAUAUCGCUGGUUCAGAUGGACUGCGGGGUCUGCGGAUCCUCAUGGUCUCCUUGGUGCUGGUGGAAGCGCUGUUGCUUCUCCUAGGCUUUCGCCGCCUUGUACCUGGCAGCGAGCUGGGGUGA